AUGUCGGCCUUCAACAGAGGUUACGCUGGAUCGCUCCAAGGAUUCUGGCUCCAGGCUGCCAUUACCUUGUGCUCGGCCUGGGCCUUUACCCUCUUCGGAUAUGAUCAAGGCGUCCUGGGCGGUCUGAUUUCCCUCCCUACUUUCUUAUCGGCAAACCACAUCGAUCCCAAUGCUGCGGAUCUCCAAGGCACGGUCGUGGCCAUCUACGACAUCGGCUGUCUGAGUGGUUGCAUUAUCUGUGGGUUCGUCGGACAGAUGCUCGGGCGCCGCCUAUUCAUUGUCAUUGGGGGUGUCCUCAUCUGUCUCGGAGCUGGACUGCAAGCUGGAGCUCACGGUACCUCGUAUCUGAUCUCGGGCCGUGUCAUUGCCGGACUUGGAAUGGGCAUCAUCACCGUGAUGGUGCCGGUCUGGGUUGCUGAGACAGCCAAGGCAAAGACCCGCGGUGCCUUGAUCGCCGCUCAGCUGUCGAUAGUCAUCCUGGGCCUCACAAUCGCCUACUGGUUCGACUACGGCAUGAUUCGCAACUAUCCUAAUACCGAGGCCGUCUGGCGCCUACCGAUCGCAUUCCAAGUCGUCUUCAUCUUGUUGACCUUUGGCAUGAUCUUUUUCCUCCCCGAGUCGCCCCGCUACCUGUAUGCCAACGGCCAGAUUGCCGAUGCCGAUCAUAUCAUGGCUCGCAUCUACUCUGUCCCGGUUGACAGUGAGGUAGUGACAAAACAACGCUCCGAUGUGUUUGCGGCCCUCGAGGCAGAGAAAGAGUACAGCUUCAAUCUCAAGAAUCUCUUCUACGACGAUUCCCCGGUGAAUACGACCUGGAGGCUGUGGCUUGGUGUCUUGGUUCAGUUCUUCCAACAAAUGGAUGGCAACAAUAUCGUCUCGUACUACGCGACCUUUCUCUUCAUCCAUUCUCUCGGCAUGUCGCAAAAUCAGGCUGCCAUCACGAGUGGUGGCGUCACGUUACUCUUCCUCGGUGGGACCUGCUCGACCAUAUACACAAUGGAGAAAUUUGGCCGACGAUCCGUCAUGCUAUGGGGAGCGAUUUUCUGCUCGAUAUUCAUGAUUCUAUUCACCAUCGGACUCGCCGUCAAUAACGGCUCCUCCAACAAGCUUGCUGUUGUCAGCAUCUUCUUGUUUGAGUUUGUGUUUGGAGCUUCCUGGUGCGAUGCGCCAUGGAUUUAUGUUCCAGAAAUUGCACCUCUCCAUGUUCGUCAUAUCGGGACUUCUAUGGGUGUCUUCACCCAAUGGAUCAUCACGUUUAUCGUGGUCAAGUUUGGGCCGAUGGGGAUCCAAGCUUCUGGGUGGAAAUUCUAUCUCCUGUUCUGCGUCUUCAACGUCUUGGCCGUCCCUUUUGUCUAUUUCUGCGUCAAGGAAACGAAGGGCCUGAGCUUGGAAGAGAUCGACGUGCUCUUCGCCAAGAAGGAGUACAAACACUUGUUGGAGGCGAGACUCCGAGGCGAUCCUGAAGCAGGAGAAAAGGGAAGGGUCGAGGAGCAAGAGGUCGCUCAAGAGACGUUCGAGAUGAAGUAGGUGUGCUCGUUGCAGGGAUGCAAGAGAAUGCCAUACCCUCAAGAGGGAAGGGAGCUAAAGAACCGCAAGUAUUGUGGAGUUAGGGAUACAAAUAAGAACAUACAAAGAGGCUAUUUAUGUACUCGUAUGUAGCCUGAGCUCUUCUUCUCUG